AACGCCAUUUCUCUCAAACUCCAACUCAACUCCAACUCGCAGCUUUUUUUUCAUCUUCUUCCUCUUACACCCUCCAACAAAACCACCAUCUUCUCGUUGUAUCGCCACCUCUGGUCGGCGGCGCCUCUGCCAUUGAGGAUUUUCUACUUUGGGGAACUUCCAACCACCCCUUUUCUUCACCGCUGCUAUUCUCGGUAUUGACGACUGUGGCGCAGGAAUCUCAGGGAGUUUGAAGUGAAAAUUUAGAUGGGGUCGUCAAAUGCUUCCGGAGAUAUAUCAGCUGAUAUGGAGAUUGAUGCUUUCAGGCGCUUAUUUCCUGUACAGUUUUAUGAGCGGCAUUUCGUCAAGUCUUUAAGGCCUGAUGCAAGGACUCUUAACUCCGCCAGAGAUACAAGUGUGGCCCUUGGGGCUGUUUCAUCUGCAAAUGGUUCUGCACUUGUAAAGAUUGGCUGUACUACUAUGCUAGCUGCGAUCAAGAUGGAGAUUAUGACUCCUUCUACAGAGUCACCAGACGAGGGUAACCUGGCUAUUGAGUUUCACAUGCCUCCUAUAUGUUCUCCCCUUGUUAGGCCUGGAAGACCAGCAGAUGCGGCACCAGUUAUAUCAAAGCAGUUAGCAGACACCAUUUUAAGCGCUGGUAUGAUAAAUCUGAAGGAGUUAUGCUUGGUCAGUGGAAAAGCUGCUUGGAUGGCCUAUCUGGAUAUAUGCUGUUUGGAUGCUGAUGGCGCUCUUUUUGAUGCUGCUUUACUUUCAGCAGUUGCUGCCUUUUCUAGUUUGCGCAUCCCAGUUGUAUCCUUGAAUGAUGAAGGAAGAGUGUUUAUUUCCGAGGAGAUGGAAGAAGGGAAGUCGAAGAGAGAACCUGUUAAUAAAGAGCAAAGAAAACUUACUUUAAGCAACAUUCCAUUUUCACUUACUUGCGUUCUUCACAAGAACUAUAUAUUAGCUGACCCCAAUGCGGAGGAAGAAUCCAUUAUAGAGACUUCAGUGACUGUGGUUUUGAAUUCAUCUGGUCAACUUGUUUCUCUAUACAAGCCUGGUGGACCCGUUCUGGCCUACACAGCAGCCAUCCAGGAUUGUGUUGCAUUAACAAAGCAGAGAGUACAAGAACUCCAGAUAAUCCUAAAUGAAGCCAUCUCUGACAUGGAGGUAGAUUAGAUUGAAAUUGCUUUUUUAGUAGGUAGCAGUAGCUGAAAAUUGUACAUCAUAUAUUAUUUUGGAGGAUUUUUUUUUUCUUUUCUUUCGACGCUAGAGGAAGAUUGAGGUCAUUUGGCUAGCUUUGUAGGAUAUUUUCAAGGUUGUCCACAGGGCUACUUAGCAUACGAGUAAGAUGAUCUCAUUUUGGUUGUUCAUUAGUAUCUAAGAGGUUGAUUGGUAGCCAUUAUUGCACAUCACGAUCCUAGAUUUUGACAGUUUUUUUUUUCAUAUUUUGAAUAGGAUUUCCUUGGCAAUUUUGUUGUUUGGGUGAAAUUGAAAUUAUUUCCUCUUGAACUUACUGCCUAAAUUGUUGGGCAAUCUAAUGAAUGGCCUCAUGUUUUAUUUCUUGUUUAA